GUGGUCUGCUUCUUGCAUCCUUGCAUUUAAUUCGUGUCCUCCGCACAAUCUGGGCAGACCCUUUCCCAACUUUUUCGAGAAUGUGCUGAUUUUUUUUUUUACUUUUUUUUUCCUUUUCUUAUUCUUCAAUUCUUUCAGUACUUCAUCUCAAACUUUAGAGUUGUAAUUCACUAAAUACAUGUAACGUAGAUAUCAUCAGAAUUCUGUAAAGCUGCUCAGAUCUGGAUCCCAAGGAGCUGCAGGAAAGCCAAACUUCGCCGGAGCAGGCGAUGGCGGACGUGCUGCCUAAAGUUGAUCAGGCGAGCACUUCUUCAAGUUCCAGUGAAGUCUCCGUGAGAUAUGAGGAGGAGGUUGAAGUCGACAGUAGUCAAAAUGUUGAUGCCGCAGAAGCAGACGCGGUAGACCGUGGCACUCUUGCUGCAUUUUCGAAUGGCAGGGGCGAUUCCUCAGCUGGGGGUAGUUUUUCAAGAGCAAAUACAUUGCCACCAGAGAUUCUGAACUUGGAGAAAUCGGAACCACCUGUAAAUAACAUUAGGUUGGAGAGAUCGAAAACCGAGAGGCAGAGACAUCGUAAUAUACUUUCCGAAGAGGCAGCGCAAAUUUUUGAUGACAAAAUUCCUGUGCAACAGAAGCUCAAAUUGUUGAACAGAAUAGCUACUGUAAAAGAUGAUGGAACUGUAGAAUUUGAAGUUCCUGGAGAUAUUGAACAACGGGUCCCUGAUAUUAGAAGGGAAAAUGCAUAUGGUGAAGUUGAUGAAUUGCCUCUUGAUGAUACGGAAUUACACUAUAUUCCACCUAUGCAGAUUGUGAUACUCAUUGUUGGAACACGUGGUGAUGUACAGCCGUUUAUUGCAAUUGGAAAGAAAUUGCAGGACUAUGGCCAUCGUGUAAGACUGGCAACUCACUCAAAUUUCAAAGAGUUUGUUUUGACUUCUGGGUUGGAAUUCUAUCCUCUUGGCGGUGACCCCAAAGUCCUUGCUGGAUACAUGGUUAAAAACAAAGGGUUUUUGCCGUCCGGACCUUCUGAAAUACCCGCUCAGCGGAACCAAAUGAAGGAAAUAAUUUUUUCACUGCUCCCUGCUUGCAAAGAACCUGAUGUUGAUACUGGGAUUCCCUUUAAAGCAGAUGCAAUCAUUGCUAACCCCCCAGCAUAUGGGCAUAUCCAUGUUGCAGAGGCCUUAAAAGUACCAAUUCAUAUAUUUUUCACUAUGCCAUGGACGCCAACCAGUGAAUUUCCUCAUCCAUUAUCUCGUGUUAAGCAACCGGCAGGCUACCGACUAUCAUAUCAGAUCGUUGAUUCCUUACUUUGGCUAGGUAUAAGGGAUAUGAUCAAUGAUUUAAGGAAGAAAAAGCUGAAGCUUCGACCAGUCACUUAUUUAAGUGGUACACAAGGAUCUGAAUCUGAUAUUCCACAUGGUUACAUAUGGAGUCCUCACCUUGUUCCAAAACCAAAAGAUUGGGGACCCAAGGUUGACGUUGUGGGUUUUUGCUUCUUGGAUUUAGCAUCAAAUUAUCAACCUCCUGAACCACUUGUAAAUUGGCUUAAUGCUGGCCCAAAGCCCAUUUACAUUGGGUUCGGUAGCCUUCCUGUUCAAGAUCCAGAGAAAAUGACACAAAUCAUAGUUGAAGCUUUGGAAAAAACAGGUCAAAGAGGCAUCAUUAACAAAGGAUGGGGAGGGCUUGGUAACUUGGCAGAACCAAAGGACUUUGUUUACUCACUGGACAACAUCCCUCAUGACUGGCUAUUUUUGCAAUGUUCUGCUGUGGUUCACCAUGGUGGGGCAGGGACAACGGCUGCUGGUCUCAAAGCUGCGGUAUGUACUGCUAUGAUGUUGUCUAUCUCAGACAUCCAUGUUGCUGUUUUUGAGAUGUCACAACUUUUUUUUUCCUCGAUGUAUAGUGUCCUACAACUAUUGUACCAUUUUUUGGUGAUCAACCAUUCUGGGGGGAGAGAGUGCAUGCUAGAGGUGUUGGUCCUUCUCCUAUACCAGUUGACCAAUUCUCACUUCAGAAGUUAAUUGAUGCAAUUAACUUCAUGUUAGAUCCAGAGGUACUUGAAUGACAACCUUUUUCACCCAACAACCUUUUUCUUAGUGUCUGAGAAAAUCCAUGUUCAACUACUGCGCUCCGACAAUGUACAGGUUAAACAGCGUGCAAUUGAACUUGCAAAGGCUAUGGAGAAUGAAGAUGGAGUAACUGGAGCAGUUAGAGCAUUUUUCAAACACCUUCCUCGGAAAAAACUAGAGCCAGAAUCAGUACCCGUGACUUCAAGUUUCCUCUCUAUAAGGAAAUGCUUCGGCUGUUCCUAGGUCAUUUAUAUUCAAUUCAAUUUACAUGUCUAUUAUUGUUUAGUCUUCUUUCAGCUGCUCUUUGGGCAUAAAAUGCUCACGUCGAUAUAUAUGUCUCUGUCAUUGUUUAGUGUAUAUUUUAUGUAAUUAUGUUUGGUUGGUUAAAGGUAAUCUGUUUUGUUAAAAUCAUUAUUUUGUAGUCCAUUUAUUUUUCUUACACUAAUUCAUUUCUCAUGUUUAUGAUGAAAUAUGGUAUUGCUAUUUCCUUUGCUGUCAUGUAACCUUUACCGCU